UUUUACAACCGUUGACAAAUAUUUUUGUUGCUAACAUUGAUCCGUUUUAACGAUUAUCUACACUAUAAAAUCCUUAUUUUCUUUACUUUUCUUUGACUAAAACAUUAGAAAAAUACAAUUGAACUCCCUAAAAUAAUGAUAUGAUUGACAAAAGAGUAGCCAACCUCAAAAUACAAGCUGAAACUUUGGAUCAUUUCAACCAUACGAAUAUUUUUUGUAUUAUAAUCUUAUUCUAGUGGAAUAAUUCUACAAGAGGAAAAACAAAACACGGCAUGCGUUGGCUAGAAUCGACUGGUUAUAUAUAGUAAAAGUAUAAUAAAAAUGUUCAUGUAGAACGUGUAUGUUGUUUUUUCCUUUGCAAUUGGAAACUUCUUUCUAAUGGAGAGGUUUGGGAUUCAAAACCGAACUCUAGUUUCAUUCCUUCUUGUUCUGUUUCUCUUCAUCUCCUCUAACUGUUUUGUUUCGAACCAAACCGACAACGUUAAUGAAGGCUCUGGAUCCGAGCAAGAACGGGUUAGUGUCCGGGUCGGGUUGGUCUUGGAUUUGGGUUCCGUGGAUGGCAAGAUAGUGGGAAGCUCGGUUUCCUUGGCGCUUUCUGAUUUCUACGCAGUCAACAGUGAUUACAAAACAAGAGUCUCUCUCUCGGUCAGAAACUCUCAAAGAGAGCCUCUCCUUGCUCUAGCUUCUGCUGUUGAUCUGCUGCAAACUGUAGGAGUGGAAGCGAUUAUUGGUGGGAGUUCGCUGCAGGAAACGAAGCUUUUGGCGGAGAUUGGGGAGAAAGCUAGGGUUCCGGUGAUAUCACUUAACUCUCCGGUUUCAUUGUCAUUAAGAAAAUACAAUCAUUUGAUCAAAGCGACACAUGAUACUUCCUCCGAGGCAAAGGGUAUCACAGCUUUCAUCCAUGAGUUUGAUUGGAAGAGUGUUGCUCUUGUUUAUGAUGAUGAUGAAGAUGACUGGAGAGAGAGUAUGCAGCUCAUGGUGGACCAUUUCCAUGAGAACGGAGUUCAUAUACAGUCCAAGGUUGGUUUUACAGUCUCUUCAACCGAGGAGGUUAUGAUGGAUAGGCUAAGGAAGCUGAAGGACAUGGGAACAACUGUUUUUGUGGUGCACUUGUCUGAGCGUGUUGCAACUCAUCUCUUCCCAUGUGCUGAGAAAUUAGGGAUGAUGUCUGAAGGGUUUGCUUGGAUCCUCACUGCCAAAACCAUGAACAGCUUCCAUGGGAACAAUGGCGACGAAUAUGCAAAAGAAGCAAUGGAAGGUGUGGUUGGCUUCAAGACUUACAUUCCAAUGUCCAAAGAGCUUCAAAAUUUCACUUCAAGAUGGAGACAAUCACUUCCUGUUGAAGAAGAUGCUGGGUCUGAAAUAACUCGGUUGAGCAUCUUUGGCAUAUGGGCUCAUGAUGUAGCCUGGGCACUGGCGAGAGCAGCCGAGGUUACAAGGAUGCCAGAUGCAUCAUCAACUCUCUUUGACGCAAUCACUCAGUGUAGGUUCAAGGGUUUGAGUGGUAACUUCCAAAUCAAGGAUAAGAAUUUCUUGUCAGACAAGUUUGAGAUUGUGAACUUGAUUGGAUCAGGUGAGAGAAGGGUAGGCUUCUGGAGCUCUAAUGGUAGUUUCAGCAGUAGAAGACAUCUGUCUUCUUUUACUGAUAACAAGCUAGAGACCAUAAUCUGGCCCGGUGUGUCUUCUCAAAGUCCCAAAGGACACAAACUAGGAGAAAGCAAGAGAAAAACACUGAGGGUUUUGGUUACAUCUAGCAACAGAUUUCCAAAGCUGGUGAGUUGGAGGACUGAUCCAGUAACAAAAAAAAUAAUUGCUGAUGGGUUCUGUAUACAAGUCUUCAAUGCUUCCAUUAGGCGUUUCAACUAUGAUGUGGAGUACACACUUUGGACUGGUGGUCCUAACUACGACAAUCUUGCAUAUACACUUAGUAGCCAGAAAGACAAAUAUGAUAUGGCCGUGGGAGAUAUUACAAUCACUUCCAAUAGAUCGAGUUAUGUUGAUUUUACUAUACCAUUCACUGAACUGGGUCUUGGAAUGGUGGCACCAAAGCAGAGUGGAAUGUGGGUGUUCUUUCAACCUCUAACACCAGAUCUUUGGAUGACAAGUGCAGCUUUCUUUGUCUUGACAGGCAUUAUAGUUUGGUUGAUAGAAAAACCUGAAAACAAGGAGUUCCAGGGAUCUUGGUCUCAACAGAUUGGAGUUAUGCUUUCGUUUGGCUUCUCUACCCUUGUUUAUGCACACAGGGAGAAACUAAAACACAACUUAUCAAGAUUUGUGGUUACAGUUUGGGUAUUUGCAGUGCUCAUACUGACAACGAGUUACACUGCAACAUUGACAUCAAUGAUGACAGUGCAACAGAUACGAUUCAACUCCAAUAAAGACUUUAUAGGUCACCUUUCGGGCUCACUCAUAGCAAAUGCGAGCCUAGCUAGUACCAACAUCAAUGCAACGAAUGUCAGAGGCCUCAUUAACUCUACAGAUUAUGCAAAAGCCUUGUUGAACAACUCGGUCGCAUUCAUUAUCGACGAGUUGCCAUACCUCAAUGUCCUCCUUGGAGAGAAGCCUGAUCAUUUUCUCAUGGUCAAGCCACAAAUUACCACCAACGGUUUUGGAUUUAUGUUUCAAAAGGGUGACGAGUUGGUGCAUUUGGUGUCCAAAGAAAUCUCGGAGGUAAGGACAAAAGGGAAGCUUAACGAGAUGUCGAAAACAUGGUUUGAUAAUCGUUUGCCAUACAUAAUAGAUGAUACAUCAGAACCUAUAGACCUUUACAGGUUCCGCGGUUUGUUUAUGAUCACGGGAGGUUCUUCAGCUUUUGCUCUUGCAGUACUUCUCAUUAUAUGGAUACGUGAUAAAUGGGAAGAUCUUAUGAGUUCCAUCAACAUAUUUCUCUCGCGACGACUUGUACAUUUCAGGAUCUUCUUUGCAAGAACUAUCCAUCCUAGCCCCCUCGAUGACCUCUUUGUUGAGAAUGCAGUGCAGAUGGCUCAACUUAACAGAUAGAAAGAGAUUCAAAUAUAGCAAAAGGUCCAUACAAGUGAAGUGGAUGGUUUUGUUCUUGUGUGUAAUAGUACAAGUGAAGGUGGAUGGCUCCUGUUCUUGUGUGUUGUUGUGCCCAAGUCUUUUAGCUUACACAAUUGUUGCGAUGUUGUUCGUCUUUAACUCUGACCUAGAGCUUCAGCAAGCUACCUUAGCCUUCUUUCUCCAGAAGUUGAUCCAGUGUGAUAUGAUUCUUGCUUGAUUCAAACCGGAUUAGGCCUGUAAAUAUAAAUGAUGUUUUGACCUUUAUUUGCUUGUAAGUUGCAGAUGUAAUAUACACUUGCUUGAUUCAAGACCCGUCCACACCAAAUCCACCACUACAAAAGCUUAUUAUAGUUGGUAUAAUUAAUAAGAUCAUAAGCAUCCGAUCAUUCUUGGUUUGAUAUUGUACUAGGUUGUUUCUCGUAGCAUCUAUCUACCAUAAAUAUUAUCUUAGAUCUUUCAUUUCUCAAGGGAGUUCUUUAUUUUGACCGUCAGAUUUGGUUAAGCUACAUAGCUGUUCUUGGGAUAGAAAGACGAUUUAGAUUGGUGGUCUGAAGUUGCGGCCUAAACUUACUUUAAGGACAAAGGAUAUUGACCAAGUUCGAUUAUAAGAGAGCGUUUACUUUUGAGAUGAAACUUACUUCAUUUCCUCUACUUCUAGAUGUAUGUAUAUAUAACCUCGACCGUAUAACAUUAUUGCCGAAUUAUUGGUUGCUAACAAAAGCUAAGAGAGGUUACGUAACAUGUCAGCAGGUUAAUACCAAAAGAAAACACAAAUGUUUUCACACUAAAGAAUAUCCAAAUUUGCCUUACUUUUCCUAAACAAAAUUAUUAGAAAAUGGAAUCGAAUUCCCUAAGAUAAUGUUUUGUGUGACAAAAGAGUAACCUCGGAAACCCACACUGAAUUUCCUUUUGAAUUUGUAACCCCUUAGAUAAGCCGGUCCAGUGGAAAAUCUGAAACGUCAAAAAUUUUCUACCAUAGUGGAAUAACUUUGCACAAAGCUGUGCCUCCUUUGUAAAAAAUAAGACAAUAAUUU